AUGGGUCAUAAAUCUAAAUUUACGUUCCCCAUGCCGGGACGCUCAGCGAAGCGCACACCCGCCACGGCGGUCUCGAACCCGCUCUCGAAAGCCGAAAGGAUUUUGGGAACUAGCGGACAGAGUCUUGGUUCUCCUACCGGAACGAGGGAUCCUGGCCGAUCGUGGGAAACGGAAUCGACCGGCGGCAUCAGUAUAUCGAUAUCUGAGAGCAGCGCUAGUCAAUCUGGUGCCCCGGACGAAGAAGAUGAUGGAUACGACAGAACGACUUAUGGUAGAGCUCUGUGGGAGAAUGAAUCGGAGGCGCUCCCGCGGCGGUUGCGUAGUACUAAUGGCCUUUUUAGUAAGGGGUUAAAGCCCAAGAGGUCGGCUGUCACCCUUGGUGCUCGUAGCCGGGAGACUUUGACAGACGACACCAAUGCUCACCGGCCCCAAACGAGUUCUACCAUUAAUUCAUAUUACGAAUCGGAUAAGAUGCCGCUGUCAAUAUCGCAGCAGACAUCAAAUUCGGCGAUGGCUAAGGGACUCCCGACGAAAGCUCACGCACUGUUAGAUAUCGACGGGGCACUCUACGGCCAGGUACAGCAGCCAAAGAAGAAGCCGUCCAAGUUAGAUUUCUCAAAGCUUAGAUUAAGGACUCGCAAGGAACACCACGCGGAACCUAAUGGAGUUGGACCCGUCCUAGGAAAUAACUAUGUGAUGAAGUCCCCAUCUGUCAUGUCACACGCGUCGCAUUCUGCAGUCUCGCUGACGCGAUCGCCUACGAGUCCCGGGGGGAGUAGUGAACAGACCCCGAGGCCGAACCUAAUAAUCCAGUCUCAGCCCCCGGAAGUAUCGACACGAACAAGUCGCUCGAAGGUAAUAAGUAAUGCUAGCACAUUACAUCAGCUGUACGAUCAUUACGAACAAAUGUCAUUUCGGCAUAAUGGAUCGUUAAAAGAGGAGGACGAAGAAGAAGAAGAGAUAGGCGAUAAGGGUCAGUUGAACCAGGAACACCUCCUUCCUCGGACGUACGAACCAACAGUCUCAGACGUGUCUCGUGAAGAUAUGAUCACGCCGCUACCGAAUUCAUCGCUUAGGGACCCGAACUCCAGAUGGAAUCACAGCCGAAACACCUCACAAGCAAGUAAAGUUACGGCUAUGAGAGCCGAGACACCGAGUACUUUACAGAUACGCCCAUCGUCGAGGAAUGAAUAUGCUGCAAGUGUAUCAAGUCGCCAUACACGAACCUCAAAAGCUACACCAUCGAUUAUGAGCACUAUAGACUCCGAUAGGCAGCAGCAGAGCGUCUUAUCGCUCACUGAUUCGGAAUCUGACGAAGGGGAGACUGCAUAUUCUGGACCGGGCUCAUCUCUGCGAUCUUACGAUAAUAGCUUUCGUGACGAUUCUAGCGUAGCUUCGAGCCAGCGACAACGGAGCACAUCACGGCUUUCUAUCAGUAGCCACUCGACUAAUCCUAAAGGAGCGUCAUACGCGCACCUCAACGACUAUCUCACCAUUCCUCAUGCCUCUCCGAAAACUAAGAGCACCCGAUCACCGUCACCUAUUACCCUCCACUCCACUAAUUCAUCUAUAAGCACGGCGACUCGGGUCUCUUUGCCUAUCCAUCACCAAGACCCUCAACCUCAAGCCCAACCCCGAGCUGCUCGCGGGUCUGUUUCGACAGUAAACACCGUAGGCUCUAUUUUGUCUCCGACUUACAGUACACAUACCCAUUAUAGUGUACAGGAAGCAAGGGCGAUCGCCUUCACUCCAUACGCUUCUACAGCAGUAUCCGCAUCAUCAGUUUCAGUGGACCAAAUACCAAUUAGUUUAAAUAAUGCGCUCGCACAGCAAGGAAGACAGCGUGGGUCGCAGAAUUCUCAUACUUCCGAUCAGCCAACACCACCGCUGUCGCCAACUAGCGUGGAAUUUUAUAGGAAAUCACCGGAAUCUUCACGGCGAGAAUCUACUGUAAGCAAAGCUAGCGACUCACAGAAUGGACGGAUGAUGGCGGUAACGAAACAAGAGGAGAUGCUUCUUGCUGCGCUGCGGAAGAAGAGGGCUAGGAUGCGGGAGAAUAUAAUCGCCGAGCUUGAGGAGGGUAGGAAUAGCCCUGGAGGUGCUGGCCUUGAAGACGCUGAAGAUCUUGAGCAAUUAGCAUCGGCGCAUUUAAAAGAUGCCGAGAGACAGGCGACUAAAGAAGUCAGGGAGGCUCGUGCUAGGGCAAAACAAUCUAAUAAUUUCCCAAUGAGGUCGUCGUCACUCGUUGGGCGAGCUGGUCGGAGUUCUAGUAGCGGGCACGGUCGAGUGCGUAAUCAUUCUAAUGGACCACGCCGUAUGGAGGCGUCGCCAUCGGCUAGCUAUAGAGAGCCGGUAGAUAGAGCCCCUUCUCGAAUGAGAGCCUCUCCCGGGCCCGAGUCUCGACCAGCCGGCAAAUCCCGUCACGAGCGAGUACUUCUCUACCUGGAUCGACCGAUUGAUAGUAUCGAUGUGAUCGACGAGGCAGAACCGAGCCCGGAUUUGAGCGAGUUUAUGGAGGACGACUUGGGAUUCCCACCCGGCGAGCGUCGAAGCAGGAUUCGAUCGAAACCUAGUAGUAGCCCGUACGGAUCACCCCACAACGGCCGGCCACGACCUGACUCGAGUCCGAUGAGCCCGAGGGGUAUCCCGAUUAAGAACCUAUCGAAAGGUAGCCCCUCAAUCAACGAGGACAUUGAUGCCGAUGAUAUAGAUUUUGACGACUUCCCAAUGGUGGGCGGACGACCCAAGCUUUCUACCCUCAAGCCGGUGCCAGAGAAGGGAAUCCCUAGACCGGAUAGCCCCGUCUCCCCGGCAGACGGAUUCUUACCCCCGUCUACUCUUGGUCAUAAGAAGGGGAAGAAGAGUGCUGUGAGACUGAGUGCUGUGGGCCAGAUUAAUUCACCAGUACCUUGGUGGGGAGACGACGACUGA